AUCCUCUAUGUCAAGGACAAAAUUGGGAACUCCGUUUGAAACUAUCAUUGGAAAUAGAUGUUUACUGCAGUUUUGUACUUGCUCACCAAAGCUAACUUCAGCAUGCUCAAAAGGAAGCAGAGCUCCAGGGUGGAGGCCCAGCCGGUUACUGACUUUGGUCCCGAUGAAUCUCUUUCAGACAAUGCUGACAUACUCUGGAUUAACAAGCCAUGGGUUCACUCUUUGCUGCGCAUCUGUGCCAUCAUCAGCGUCAUUUCCGUCUGUAUGAACACGCCCAUGACCUUCGAACACUACCCUCCUCUUCAGUAUGUGACGUUUACUCUGGAUACUUUGCUGAUGUUUCUCUACACGGCAGAGAUGAUAGCAAAAAUGCACAUCCGGGGCAUUGUCAAGGGGGAUAGUUCCUAUGUGAAAGAUCGCUGGUGUGUUUUUGAUGGAUUUAUGGUCUUCUGCCUUUGGGUUUCAUUGGUGUUACAGGUAUUUGAAAUUGCUGAUAUAGUUGACCAGAUGUCACCUUGGGGCAUGUUGCGGAUCCCGCGGCCACUAAUUAUGAUUCGGGCAUUCCGGAUUUAUUUCCGAUUUGAGCUACCAAGGACCAGAAUUACAAACAUUUUAAAGCGAUCGGGAGAACAAAUUUGGAGCGUUUCAAUUUUCCUCCUUUUCUUUCUGCUUCUUUAUGGAAUUUUAGGAGUUCAGAUGUUUGGAACAUUUACCUAUCACUGUGUGGUAAAUGACACGAAACCAGGAAAUGUAACCUGGAAUAGCUUAGCUAUCCCAGAUACACACUGCUCACCAGAGCUGGAAGAAGGCUACCAAUGCCCCCCAGGAUUUAAAUGCAUGGACCUUGAAGACCUGGGACUUAGCAGGCAAGAGCUGGGCUACAGUGGCUUUAAUGAGAUAGGCACCAGCAUAUUCACGGUCUACGAGGCUGCGUCCCAGGAAGGCUGGGUGUUCCUCAUGUACAGAGCAAUUGACAGCUUCCCCCGCUGGAGGUCCUACUUCUACUUCAUCACGCUCAUCUUCUUCCUGGCCUGGCUUGUGAAGAAUGUAUUUAUCGCUGUCAUCAUCGAAACAUUUGCAGAAAUCAGGGUACAGUUUCAACAGAUGUGGGGAUCGAGAAGCAGUACUACGUCAACGGCCACCACGCAGAUGUUUCAUGAAGACGCUGCCGGUGGAUGGCAGCUGGUAGCUGUGGAUGUCAACAAGCCCCAGGGACGCGCCCCAGCCUGCCUCCAGGUGGCUUUUACAGUACUUUUUGAUUUGGAAGCACUUCUGAAGAUAUGGUGUUUGGGAUUUACUGGAUAUAUUAGCUCAUCUCUCCACAAAUUUGAACUACUACUCGUGAUUGGAACUACUCUUCAUGUAUAUCCAGAUCUUUAUCAUUCUCAGUUCACAUACUUUCAGGUUCUUCGGGUAGUUCGACUUAUUAAGAUUUCACCAGCAUUAGAAGACUUUGUGUACAAGAUAUUUGGUCCUGGAAAAAAGCUUGGGAGUUUGGUUGUAUUUACUGCCAGCCUCUUGAUUGUUAUGUCAGCAAUUAGUCUGCAGAUGUUCUGCUUUGUUGAAGAACUGGACAGGUUUACAACGUUUCCAAGGGCAUUUAUGUCCAUGUUCCAGAUCCUCACCCAGGAAGGAUGGGUAGACGUGAUGGACCAAACCCUGAAUGCUGUGGGCCACAUGUGGGCACCUGUGGUGGCCAUCUAUUUUAUUCUGUACCAUCUCUUUGCCACUCUGAUCCUCCUGAGUUUGUUUGUUGCUGUUAUUUUGGACAACUUAGAACUUGAUGAAGAUCUAAAGAAGCUUAAACAAUUAAAGCAAAGUGAAGCGAAUGCGGACACCAAAGAAAAACUCCCUUUGCGACUUCGAAUCUUCGAAAAAUUUCCAAACAGACCGCAAAUGGUGAAAAUCUCAAAGCUUCCUUCAGACUUUACAGUUCCUAAAAUCAGGGAAAGUUUCAUGAAGCAGUUCAUCGAUCGCCAGCAACAGGACACCUGCUGCCUCUUACGAAGCCUUCCGUCUACCUCUUCCUCGUCAUGUGAUCACUCCAAACGGUCUGCAAUUGAAGACAACAAAUACAUCGACCAAAAACUUCGCAAGUCUGUUUUCAGCAUAAGGGCAAGGAAUCUUCUAGAAAAGGAGACUGCAGUCACUAAAAUCUUAAGCAAGAGGCCAUUACAGAGAAGCUCACCUAUUAGCAUCUGUGGUUGUCUCCCCUUAGGAGGAUUUCAUUGUCACUCUCCUGGAGUCAGAGCUUGCACUCGACAGCGCAUGCUGAGCGGAUCAUUUGAGGGGCAGCCAGCAAAGGAAAGGUCAAUUCUCAGUGUGCAGCAUCAUAUCCGCCAAGAGCGCAGGUCACUGAGACACGGAUCCAAUAGCCAGAGGAUCAGCAGGGGGAAAUCUCUUGAAACCCUGACUCAAGAUCAUUCCAAUACAGUGAGAUAUAGAAACGCACAAAGAGAAGACAGUGAAAUCAAGAUGAUCCAGGAAAAAAAGGAACAAGCGGAAAUGAAAAGGAAAGUGCAGGAAGAGGAGCUGAGAGAGAAUCACCCAUACUUCGACAAGCCUCUGUUCAUUGUUGGACGGGAGCACAGGUUCAGAAACUUCUGCCGGGUGGUGGUCCGGGCACGCUUCAAUGCAUCUAAAACAGAUCCCGUCACAGGAGCUGUGAAAAAUACAAAGUACCAUCAACUUUAUGAUCUGCUGGGACUAGUAACUUACCUGGACUGGGUCAUGAUCAUCGUAACCAUCUGUUCCUGCAUUUCCAUGAUGUUUGAGUCCCCCUUUCGAAGAGUCAUGCACGCCCCGACUUUGCAGAUCGCUGAGUACGUGUUUGUGAUAUUUAUGAGCAUCGAGCUUAAUCUGAAGAUUAUGGCAGAUGGCCUAUUUUUCACUCCAACUGCUGUCAUCAGGGACUUUGGUGGAGUCAUGGACAUAUUUAUAUAUCUUGUGAGCUUGAUAUUUCUUUGUUGGAUGCCUCAAAAUGUGCCUGCUGAAUCGGGAGCUCAGCUUUUAAUGGUUCUUCGGUGCCUGAGACCUCUGCGGAUAUUCAAACUGGUGCCUCAGAUGAGGAAAGUUGUUCGAGAACUUUUCAGCGGCUUCAAGGAAAUUUUCUUGGUCUCCAUUCUUUUGUUGACAUUAAUGCUUGUUUUUGCAAGCUUUGGAGUUCAGCUUUUUGCGGGAAAACUGGCCAAGUGCAAUGAUCCCAACAUUAUUAGGAGGGAAGAUUGUAACGGCAUAUUCAGAAUUAAUGUAAGUGUGUCCAAGAACUUAAAUUUAAAAUUAAGACCUGGAGAGAAAAAGCCUGGAUUCUGGGUGCCCCGUGUUUGGGCAAAUCCUCGGAAUUUUAAUUUUGACAAUGUGGGAAAUGCUAUGCUGGCAUUGUUUGAAGUGCUCUCCCUGAAAGGCUGGGUAGAAGUGAGGGAUGUUAUUAUUCAUCGUGUGGGGCCGAUGCAUGGGAUCUAUAUUCAUGUUUUUGUAUUCCUGGGUUGCAUGAUUGGACUGACCCUUUUUGUUGGAGUAGUUAUUGCUAAUUUCAAUGAAAACAAGGGGACAGCUCUGCUGACUGUAGAUCAGAGAAGAUGGGAAGAUCUGAAGAGCCGACUGAAGAUAGCACAGCCUCUUCAUCUCCCACCUCGCCCGGAUAAUGAUGGUUUUAGAGCUAAGAUGUAUGACAUAACCCAGCAUCCAUUCUUUAAGAGGACAAUUGCAUUGCUUGUCCUGGCCCAGUCGGUGCUGCUGUCCGUCAAGUGGGACGUGGAGGACCCAGUGACCGUUCCUUUAGCAACAAUGUCGGUUGUUUUCACCUUCAUCUUCGUUCUAGAGGUUACGAUGAAGAUCAUAGCAAUGUCACCUGCCGGCUUCUGGCAAAGCAGAAGAAACCGAUAUGACCUGCUGGUGACGUCGCUUGGCGUGGUCUGGGUGGUACUUCACUUUGCCCUCCUGAACGCAUAUACCUACAUGAUGGGUGCCUGCGUGAUUGUCUUCCGGUUUUUCUCUAUCUGUGGAAAGCAUGUAACGCUAAAGAUGCUCCUCCUGACUGUAGUCGUCAGCAUGUAUAAAAGCUUCUUCAUCAUAGUGGGGAUGUUCCUAUUGCUCUUAUGUUAUGCUUUUGCCGGAGUUGUUUUAUUUGGUACUGUGAAAUAUGGAGAGAAUAUUAACAGGCAUGCCAACUUUUCUUCAGCGGGAAAAGCCAUCACUGUACUAUUCCGAAUCGUCACAGGCGAAGACUGGAAUAAGAUUAUGCAUGACUGUAUGGUCCAGCCUCCCUUUUGCACUCCAGAUGAAUUCACAUACUGGGCAACCGACUGCGGAAAUUAUGCUGGGGCGCUUAUGUAUUUCUGUUCAUUUUAUGUCAUCAUUGCCUACAUCAUGCUAAAUCUGCUUGUAGCCAUCAUUGUGGAGAAUUUCUCCUUGUUUUAUUCCACAGAGGAGGACCAGCUUCUAAGUUAUAACGAUCUUCGCCACUUUCAAAUCAUAUGGAAUAUGGUGGAUGAUAAACGAGAGGGGGUGAUUCCGACUUUCCGGGUAAAGUUCCUGCUGAGGCUGCUGCGGGGGAGGCUGGAGGUGGAUCUGGACAAAGACAAGCUCCUGUUUAAGCACAUGUGCUACGAAAUGGAAAGGCUGCAUAAUGGUGGUGACGUCACUUUCCAUGACGUCCUCAGCAUGCUGUCCUACCGGUCGGUCGACAUCCGGAAGAGUCUGCAGCUGGAAGAGCUGCUGGCCAGGGAACAGCUGGAGUACACUAUCGAGGAGGAGGUGGCCAAGCAGACCAUCCGCAUGUGGCUGAAAAAGUGCUUAAAGCGCAUCCGAGCUAAACAGCAGCAGUCCUGCAGCAUCAUCCACAGCCUGAGAGAGAGCCAACAGCAGGAGCUGAGCCGGUUCCUGAAUCCCCCCAGUAUCGAGACCACCCAGCCCAGUGAGGACAUGAACGCUAACAGUCAGGAUAAUAAUAUGCAACCUGAGACCAGCAGCCAGCAGCAGCUCCUGAGCCCUACGCUGUCGGACAGAGGGGGAAGCCGGCAGGACGCCACAGACCCCGGGAAACCCCAAAGGAAGUUCGGGCAGUGGCGGCUGCCCUCAGCACCCAAACCAAUAAGCCACUCAGUGUCUUCGGUCAACUUACGAUUUGCAGGGCGCACAACAAUGAAGUCUGUAGUGUGCAAAAUGAACCCCAUGACCGACACCGCGUCGUGCGGUUCUGAGGUUAAGAAGUGGUGGACCCGGCAGCUGACGGUGGAGAGCGACGAAAGUGGCGAUGACCUUCUGGAUAUUUAGGCGGACGCAGCGCCGAGCAGGGUCUCAUGGGGAACACUGUUCUCUGACAUUGUCCUCCUACGGUCUAACAUCCGCUAGUGAGCAGUCCCGACUUGAGACGUCAUUUGAUUCCACCUUGUCACGAGAUUUUUUUUCUUUAAGUGGAUUUUUGUCCUGCCGUAGGGGGGCGUAAACACUUGGUCUGUGGUAGUUGUGCAUAUAAGGGGUUGUUACCGUGUGUUCAAGAAAAUUCGCAUAAUGGUAGUAUUCGUAAUAUUGCCCAACACUAGGUGUAGAUCAUUCAAACAUUUCGUAUGUCCUGUCUAUGAAAACUAAGGUGUAUCUCCAUAUAUGCUCGUGUGCAGUAUUACCACCCCCUGAAAGAGUGCUAAGCCCAAAGCGGCUGAUAUUCAUGCUACAGAAGCUACAGCUUUAGUUCCUGUUUUUCCCACUUCCACUAGAAAUACUGCCCUUGGGAAAAUUUAUUAUUUAUGAUUGAUCUGAAAAGGUCAGCACUGAGCUCAUAUGAAAAUGAUAGUAGUUUUACAAACUACAGAUUCUGAAUUUUUAAACGUGUAUUCUUUUCUCAUGUUAUUCUUAAAAAUAUGCACAAGAUAUCUAGAGGUCAGACCAAGUCAAUUUCUGGCCUCAGUCACUCUGAUGAAACCGUUGCCUGCUUCCUCGAGAAUUGUGUGUACAGGGACCAGGCAAAGAAAUUGGCCCAAGGAGCCAACUGGUUUAAAACAAACAUGUACAUAGAUCGCUGGAAGGACUUGCUUACAUAAAGAUGUUGAGUUUCUUUCUAAGGCUUUUAAUAGCUAAGUUUAGCAAAAAGGGUAAAACUACAUGAUUCAGCUUAUUAAAGAAAUCUUCAGGUGUGUCAUGUUAUCACUGGUUUCAUUUCCUACCCAGGGUGUGUCCAAUUUGCCAUAAAGUCGGCAAAGAUAUCAUGAGUUGAUCCAACACACCAGUUCCAUGUUCAAUGCAAAAUGACUCCCUGCUACCAGACUCUUCUAUGAAAAUAAUGGCAACUUUGUAAAAUCCUGCUUGGAACUCACAGUUUAGGGACCCCACAACUCAGCUGUAUUUGUUUCACACACCAUGUGCUCUGGGAAAAUUAAAAUGCGACGGGAUUACGAAGUACCUGGGCCUCUUAUGCUGGGUCAACCAAGUAGAAGUGCAUCCGGGCCCUCAACUGCAUUAUUUUUGAUUGGAGAUUUGCUGUUUCGAUGAUUUCUUUUAACGGAGUGAUGAUCUCCGAGUCCUUUGACACCCCAGGUUGCUUUAUGAUCUCUUUUUCUCUAUUUAACGUUCUUAAAAUAGCCAAAUCCUUUCUGUAUAACAAACGUAACAUUGUGGUGCCAUCUAUUGUUUGUAGGAUUAAUUGUGACUCUAGGAUAAUGGGUAAUUAAAGUCAGUGCUGCCAAAAGGAUUUUAUUUGGUUUUAUGUUCAGUUGGAGUUUACUUUUUGUACAUAAGCAAAUCAAAUAAAUAUUGACUUUGUAAAAGAA